AUGGCAAACUCAAGUAAUAUUGACCUUAUUAACGCGGCUUUUUCGGCCGUAAUGGGAACCCACAACUUUAUAUCUGAGAAAGAAUUUCAAGAUAGACAAGCCCGUGGUGAAACUAAAUAUAAUGGUACAUCAUAUCAACAAGUUGACUUAAACGAGUUUCAUCAGAUUAAUCUUGUUGGCAGUAAUCUGAAUACUGUCAAUGACUUGGACACUGAUUUUAACCGUCGGUGCACAUUGGAUCCAUCUAAUCCUUAUCUAGGACAAAUUAUUGUUAUGACGCUCACUGGUAAACUCAUAAAACUUGAUUGUAAUAGAAAUGAUACUAUUGGUACUAUUAAGAUGAAAAUUCAAGAUAAAGAAGAUAUUCCGCAAGAUCAACAAAGAUUAAUUUUUUAUGGGAAGCAAUUAGAGGAUGGUAGAACGCUUUCUGACUACAAUAUUCAAAACGAGAGCAAAUUGCACAUGGUUUUACGUCUACGUGGAGGUGGAUGUAUAAUUAGUUACCUAAGUGUGAGUACUUUGGACCCGCCAUAUGACUACGAUUUUACAAAUAUUAAUGAUCUAGGUGUGACAUAUAUGCGAGGAAAUAUACAAUAUAAAAGACCAUGUGGAUGGAAACGCAUCGCUUUAAAGGUUACUGGAAGGUAUGAUAAUGGAAAUAAUAAAUGGCUUGGUACUGAUGAAAAUGCCUGGCCAGUAUCGUAUCAUGGCACUGCUAAACAUAAUGCAAAAUCAAUUGCUGAAGAUGGUUAUGAUUUAAGCAAAGGAAUUAGAUUCGCUUAUGGGCGUGGAAUUUAUUCAACACCUGACGUACAUAUAGCUGAACAAUAUGCGACGAAGUUUGUAUUUGAAGGAAAUACAUAUGUGAUGAUAUUUCAGAACCGAGUAAAUCCUGCUAGUUUAAGAAGAAUUCCUGUUGGAAAUGGCGAGUAUUGGGUUUCAGAAAAAGGCGAAGAUGUCAGACCGUAUGGAAUUUGUAUUAAAAGAAGUAACUAA